UUCUCACGGGUUUGGUAUAUUAGGACUGCAGGUUUCUGGAUUCGUUGCUUCCUACAGCCCAAGAUUCAAGAUUGUCGAGACUUGAACAUUGUAACUUCAACAACCAACCAUGGCUCCCUUCCUUCUGUUUUUCGUUGCCUUGGCAACUGCUUCGCCAUUGAAGAGGCAGAUGUCGGCCAUCGACGCCGACGGUGACGGUCUCAUCUCCCGGCCCGAGGUCCAUAACGUCAUGACCCUGCAGAACGCACUCGUCGCGUUGGACGCCGUGGACGGCGACCACGGCUUUACCGAGCAGGAGACCACCGACUUCUUCGGCGACUCUUCUCUGUACGCGCAGUGGAACACCAACGGGGACGACCACCUCAGCUUCGGCGAAGUGCACCACGCCAUCACGCUGGACGGCAUGUUCGACUGGUUCGACACCAACGGAGACGGGUUCCUUGAAGGCACGGAGGCUGACAAGGUUGUGUACGUCUACGAUCUCAUGGUCGCUCAGGGAAUCCACCACGGAAACUUCCGGAGUCAUCAUCAUUUGGACGCCGACCAAGACGGUCAAGUUAGCCUUCUGGAGGCGAUGAACGGCAUUGAUGUUGAGCAGGCCAUUAACGCUUUGGACUCCAACGGUGACGGGAUGUUCACCCAGACACAGGCCCUGCAGUUUAUGGACCAUCACAUGUUCGCCGUGCUCGACACCAACCAUGACCAUCAGCUGAGCUUCGACGAAAUCAGAACCGGCCUGACCGUUCAAGAUCUUUUCAACUUCUAUGACCAAAACGAUGACGGUUUCCUGACCGGUACAGAGGUGGACCAGAUGCAGUACAUCUGGGACUCCAUCCACGGACACGGAAACAACCGAAUGCAUCACGAGUUGGACGCCAACGGUGACGGCCAAGUGACCCAACAGGAGGCUACUCAGGGCAUCCAUUUCAACCAGGCCCUCCAUGCCAUUGACAGCGACGGUGACGGAAGUCUGACCCAGACACAGGCUCUGCAGUUUCUGGACCAUCAUUACUUCAACAGCCUCGACACCAACCAUGACCACGAACUCAGCAUCGACGAAAUCUCCGCCGGAAUGACGCUUAACCAGCUUUUCAACAUUCACGAUCACGACAAUGACGGUGUCCUGACUGGUUCAGAGGCGGACGGGUUCCAGUUUCUGUGGAACGCGGUUCACGGUCACGGUCACAACCGCAGGCAGGCAACAGGCAUCGACGCCGACGGAGACGGUCUCAUCUCCCGGCCCGAGGUCCAUAACGUCAUGACUCUGCAGAACGCACUCGUCGCCCUGGACGCAGUUGACGGCGACCACGGCUUUACCGAGCAGGAGACCACCGACUUCUUCGGCGACUCUACUCUGUACGCGCAGUGGAACACCAACGGGGACGACCACCUCAGCUUCGGCGAGGUGCACCACGCCAUCACCCUGGACGGCAUGUUCGACUGGUUCGACACCAACGGAGACGGGUUCCUUGAGGGCGCGGAGGCGGACAAGGUUGUGUACGUGUAUGACCUCAUGGUCGCUCAGGGAAUCCACCACGGAAACUUCCGGAAUCAUCACGAGUUGGACGCCAACAACGACGCCCAUAUCUCCAAGCCGGAGGUUAUGAACGCCUUCACUCUGGAGCAGGCCCUUGUCGCUUUGGACACAAACGGUGACAUGCAGUUUACCGUCGACGACGCCUUGCAGUUUAUUGAUCAUCACUACUUCAACGUCCUCGACACCAACCAUGAUCACGUCAUCGACUUCAACGAAAUUCUCACCGGAACCACCUUGUCGGAACUGUUCGACUUCUAUGAUGAAAACAGUGAUGGUUUCUUGUACGGUACGGAGGCAGACAUCAUGAUCUACGUUUACAACGAGAUCCAAAACUCCAUCGUUGUAACUUCACCGCCCGCAACUGCAGAUCCUAACACUGUUGCUCCAUUCCGUGUCAUCCCGAGAGUCCUAGACACCAACAACGAUGCCCACAUCUCCAAGCCGGAGGUUCUGAACGCCUUUACUCUGGAACAGGCCCUCAUCGCUUUGGACACCAACGGAGACCAACAGUUUACCGUUGACGACGCCCUGCAGUUUAUUGAUCAUCACUACUUCAACGUUCUUGACACCAACCAUGACCACGUCAUCGACUUCAACGAAAUUCUCACCGGAACCACCUUGUCGGAACUGUUCGACUUCUAUGAUGAAAACAGUGACGGUUUCCUGUAUGGUACGGAGGCUGACAUCAUGAUCUACGUCUACAACGAGAUCCAAAACUCCAUCGUUGUAACUUCACCGCCCGCAACUGCAGAUCCUAACACUGUUGCUCCAUUCCGUGUCAUCCCGAGGGUACUGGACACCAACAACGAUGCCCAUAUCUCCAAGCCUGAGGUUCUGAACGCCUUUACCUUGGAACAGGCCCUUGUCGCUCUGGAUACCAACGGUGACAUGCAGUUCACCGUUGACGACGCCCUGCAGUUUAUUGACCAUCACUACUUCAACGUUCUUGACACCAACCAUGACCACGUCAUCGACUUCAACGAAAUUCUCACCGGAACCACCUUGUCGGAACUGUUCGACUUCUACGAUGAAAAUAGCGAUGGUUUCUUGUAUGGUACGGAGGCUGACAUCAUGAUCUACAUCUACAACGAGAUCCAAAACUCCAUCGUGCCAACAAAUGCAGUGGUGACGGGAACUCCGGCCACUGGCACCGACUUCCCUAACACUGUAUUUUUCUAAACUUGUGGUGACCAGACGACCUCAUCAUGCUGACUUCUUCUUAUCUUCUGUACCAGCAGCAAAACUCACAGCUGGAUUGACAACUUUUAUUAAACACAUCAAUAAAUAAAGGAAAUACGUGGUUU